AUGCGUCUUAUUCUCUGUUUGAUGUUGUCGAUGGCUUUGUUAGCUGUCACAAUGGGAAGUCAUUUCGGGAAAAGGGAAGUGCAUGCGGAAGAAAACGAUGAAAUGCAUCAACGCGUCAAGAAUCACAUUGUGUCGCAUCAGUGUCAUCGAAAGUAUCACUAUGAAAAGCAUUUAUGUUGUCAACAAUUCCCCAAUGAUUACCAUUGCUUA